GGUACCGGUAUCAUCAAAUAAAAAAACAGAAAACAGAAAAGCCAAGCGUUUGUGUUUGUGGUAUAAUUCCUUGAUGUAUGCACCAUGUUGGUUUAGAUGUAGAAUUUAGUUUAAAUAAAUAUUUAAAUAAGUGUAGAUCUAUAGAAAGAAUAGUUGUACAUUAAGAUAGAUCGACAGAUUAUAAAUACAAUUAGACUGAGGUUCUUUAGGCCAUGUCACGUUACAACUCUGACUGUAAAGUAUAUGUGGGGGACCUAGGAAAUAGCGCAUCCAAGCAAGAAAUCGAGGACGCUUUUAGGUACUAUGGUCCACUCAGAAACGUUUGGGUAGCCCGAAAUCCACCCGGUUUCGCUUUUGUCGAAUUCGAAGAUGCCAGAGAUGCGGAGGACGCAAUUAGAGGAUUAGAUGGUCGUAGACUCUGUGGUCGAAGAGCAAGAGUAGAAAAAUAUGGUCGUACAAUAUGUGGCCGACGAGCGAGAGUUGAAAUGUCCAAUGGGAAAAGUGGCAGUGGAAGGUACAGGGGACCACCUCCCAGAUCUCGGGGUAGACCCUUUCAUCCUGAUGAUCGCUGCUAUGAAUGCGGAGAUAGAGGGCAUUAUGCACGAGACUGUAACAGAUAUAGGCGUGGUGGAAGGCACAGGUCCCGCAGUCGUUCUAGGAGUCGAUCGAGGGACCACAGAAGUCGUUCUCGAAGCAAUUCGAGGUCUCGCAGUCGUUCCAGAAACCACUCACGGUCUCGUUCGGCUUCCGCAAAAAGAAGCCGAAGUCGUUCCCGUAGCGCUGAGAAAAACUCAAGAUCUAGAUCUAGAUCUCGCAGCCGCUCUGCCGUUAAGGAAAAUGGCAAUUCAGGAGAAAAAGAUUAGAUAGAUAUUUCGUUCUUUCUUGGUAUGUGUAUUUUUGUAUUAAGCCGUAAGAUUCAUUUAUUUGCACAUUAGAGUUUAUGUUAAUAAAUUACAUGAUUUGUA